AGGAAUGCUAGUGGCUCCUGGCAACUCCGGAGUUCACUUCCUCGCUCAUCCUCUUACCCGAUCCAUGAGCAGUGAAAGUGUGGACGCAUGUAUGCGAAGGACGCGUGUGUUAUGAGACUUCAUGGGAGUGCUUUAGUGACAGAAGGAGUGUAAUUUCUUCACCUGAGACUGGAUUGCUUUCCUCCAAACAAGUCGAUGGUUCGGCUGAUGAAUCCCCGGCUGUGCUUGCUGUGGGGCGGGGGAGCAGUGCUCGUGCUCCUGCUGCUGUUGGCGACGAGGCCCAAGGAAGACGAGGUGGAGGGUUUUGGAGACCCGGUCAAAGGUGCGGCCAGGGCUCUCCACCAGGCGGCUGCGGCCCUCCUCCCCCCACCCCCAGGAGUUUCUCCACCCCUCCUCCAGAAACCACAGGAUGCCGACAGAACAGCAGCGGGAGCUAGCAGCUGCGCCCGUGGCAAGUGGGUCGAGGGGCUGCCACCUUUAUAUAUCAUAACCCCAACGUACCCACGAGCGGAACAGGUCCCCGAGCUCACACGAACGGCCCAAACGCUCAUGAACGUACCCAAUUUGGUGUGGAUUGUGUCAGAAGACGCGCCCGUGCCUACCCAAGCGGUCGUCAACUAUCUAAAUGAAACUGGCCUGAAGACUGUCUACCGAAGAGUAAUGAUGCCAGAUAAAUAUCAGAAGGUAAAAAACAAGCCUCGCGGCGUCGCCAAUCGCUUAUCCGGCCUGGAAUACAUCAGAGAAAAUGCGAAGGACGGGGUAUUCUACUUUGCUGACGAUGACAACACCUACGAUAUCAAGCUCUUUGAACAGAUGAGAUGGACACAGAGGGUUUCAAUGUUUCCUGUUGGAUUGGUGACAAAGCUUGGAGUGUCAUCUCCCAUAGUCCGCAAUGGAAAAGUAGUGGGCUUCUAUGAUGGCUGGAUAUCUAAACGAAGAUUCCCAUGUGAUAUGGCUGGGUUUGCAGUUAAUGUCCAGUAUUUUCUUGAGCGACCGAAAGCCACAAUGCCUUUUAAGGUGGGCUUUGAAGAAGAUGGAUUUUUAAGAAGUUUGGGGAUAAAAGCACAUGAGAUAGAACCACUAGCAUUUAACUGCACAAAGAUUUGGGUAUGGCAUACACAGACCAAGAAAAAUCAACCUGCAUUACCAGUAGUUCAGAAUAAGAUGACAAUGGGAACAAACUUGGACAUCCUUAAAACUAAACUGUGGAGAGGCAACGGAACAACGCAAGGAAAAGUACCCAGUAAUGGUAUUAAGAUGGUGUAAAUAAAUCUUUCUUAUCCAUUUUCAGAGUUUUCAAGAAUUUGUGAUAAUACAUGGUACAGUACUGUAAUCAUUAGUCACAACACAAUUUAGAUUUCUUCCAAUAGUGUAAAUAUGCUAAUCACAAUGUGCCUUUGGUGACUAAGACUUGUUCCUAUUAGUGGAUAUUCUAAGUGUCACUCUAUUGUAUCAUAAAUCUGAUUUCAAUGGUAUGGUGACUUUUAUCAGAAUAUUAUCAUGCAUGUGUGCAGGGAUGAGGGAUUUGGGAAAGGUGUGUAUGAGUUUUAUGUAUUGGUAUAGACUUGCAUGCCAGUACCAUUGUUGAUUUUUUAUGUGACUACGGUAUGUUACAUUUAUUUUAUUUGUGACCAUAUUUGCUAGUUACCAAAUACUCACCACUGUCCUUAUAAUGAACAUUGAGGACUAGGGAUAGAGUGCAUAAUUUUUGGUGAGUUCGAAUAAAAAUUGGGUGAGGAAGUUGCAUAUACUAAGCAACUGGUAAAGGUGCAAUUUGGAACAGAGCAAUUUAAUUUUUAUUAAAUCCAGUUCUUUUUAGUCUGGAUAUAUAUUUGUACUAUAUUUUGUUAUAAAAUAUUUUUUUAUUUGUAGUUAUUUUAGCAAAUGAAACAAAAUCCCUAAAUUGAAGUGUAAUUACAACCAUUAUUAAUUUUUUUUAUACUUAAAGGAGGAAUGGGAUAAUUGUUCAUUUUUUCCAGUAAUGUAAAUAGUUGUUUCCCAAGCAUGCUUUAAGAUCAGAAAAUUGUCUUGCGUUUCUUUUUUGGGAAUUCCGCAGUAUAUAUCUACCUGUGCUCAAUAUUUUGCAAUAUUGCAUUGAUAGUGCUUUUUAGCUGAAUGGUUAUGUCUCAUUAAAAUUAUAUAGCAGACACCUACACAUAUACUUAACUAAAAUGUAUUCUCAAGUUAUAUAUGUACUAUCUUUGUAAUAUUUCAGUUCCACUAGAUCAGAAAUAAUAAUUUCUCAUUAACUGUUCAUGAAAAUAUAGGUCCUACUCUAGCUUCUAAUGUUUGUAAAUGAAAAGAUAUAAAUGAGAAUGAGCAUCUUCACAAUGUAAGAGAUGUCCUUGACCAGUUUUGACAAUAUUUUUGUCAGAUAUACAUUGAAAUCAGUCAAAUACAUCUCUUGCACUGUUAAGAUGGUCAUUCUCAUUCAUAUCUAUUCUACAUUUAUCAGAGUGAAUGUCAUUUCUAAAGCACAAAGGUAAAUGAAGCCCUGGUGAGAAAAGAGCAGUUGAUCUAUAUGUAAAUUUUAUAUGAAUUUAUAGAAAAAAUAAAUGUAGCACAGUAAAUUUACAUUGAUGAGUGAAAACUGUUCAGAAAUAAUUUAUUUUAAUUACAAAGUAGCUGUUGUAACUUUGGUAAUUGUUUGUGGCUGUGAACAAAUUUAAUGCAUUUACAGGUCAUAGUAUGCCAUCUUGAUUUCAAUUACAAGUUCUGUUAACUGGUUUGUUGGGGGGGAGGGGGUACACACUUUUGCACUUACUCAUUUUUACACACAUACUCGCUUGUACAUACAAACAUAAACAAUUUCAUACACAUGCACACACACACAUGCAUGCACGCGCAUACACUCAAACAUGCUUGCACAAUCAAAUGCACACACAAACAAACAAAUCAACAUGCAAACAAGCACAAACACGCAUGCACGUACACACACACUUGUGUUUAAACAAAAACACAUUAUUAAUUAGAAAAUACUAAUUGGAUUCUCACUAAAGUUGAUCUAUAUUCUUUUAACCAGUGACAGAUCCCAGUAUAUUAGUUUGUUUUAUAAGUUGUGUAAGAAUAUAUGUGAAGUGUGUAAUUUUGUUUAUGAUAACAUCAGCAUUUAAGAUUCACACCAACUCACUAUAUAGAAUCUCGACAACUUAAAUGAGUUCACUCCUUUUUAAAUAUCUAAUAAAUCCCAUGGGUCUGUCAAAGCUCCCUUCCUUACCUCCCUUCCCCCAAUCUACAAAGGCUCUUUCAUUAUAUCUUUAUAAAACCUUUUUCACACUGACCCAUGUUUUUCUAGUGAAGGAAAUCAUAAACCAUUUCAGUAUCACAUAAACAAAAGUGGUCAUAAAAGAAAUAAAUUAUCCCCAUCAAACACACUAUUUUUUUACAGGGUGGUGGUUGAGGUGAAUUGAAAAGUCUAAGUAACAUGGAUUUUAUAUGGAAAUCCUUAGUUUUGUAUAUUAUUAUAGUCAUGGUGAGGUUGAUCAUGAUUACUUUGUAGAACAGUUUUCUUACUGUUAAUGUCAUAGUUAUCUUUAACUUUUAUUUUUUACCUUGACUUUGUGUUUUUGUUUGAGGUAUAUAGAAAUAAUGCAUCAACUUGAGCACCUUGCAUUUCAUCACAAACAAUCAUCUUCAGUUUACAUUAUACCAUACAGUAUUUAUGUCUCAUGUCUUUUUUUUCUAGAAGCAUCAUCAUUGUCCUCUGAAAUCAGUUGAAUUGCAAAGCUUACAUGCAUUUGCAGUUAUGUAUAAAUGUAAUGUUCUUUUUUAUUGUACAAAUAUAAGUGAUAUUUUGCAAA